AUGAAGUUCCUCGGAGCAGCCCUCGCGCUCUCGGGCCUGGCCGCCGCCGCCUCCGCCUCGGACCCCGUAGCCCGUGCCACUAUUCCCGAAGCGAAGGUCACCUAUGACAACUACCACAUCUACCGUAUCCGCGCCGAGUCGCCGCGCGACAUUGAAGACAUCGAAGCCCGUCUAGCGUCGUUCCACUCAGUCCACUCGGCUGACGCCCUCGAGGUCGCCAUCCCGCCGAACGAGGUCCGCUCGUUCGAGGGCAUGGGCUUCGACUACACCCUCCUGACGCGCGACAUGGGGAAGCAGAUCCGUGACGAGGCUGCCCACCCUGUCACGUACCGCCGUUCUGUCGACCGCCGCGGCGAGCUGCCCGACCUGUCGUGGUUCGACAGCUACCACUCGUACGCCGACCACCUGAAGUACUGGGAUGACCUGGUUGCGGCGUUCCCCGAGAACAGCGAAAAGUUCACGCUGGGGCCUUCGGCCCCCGCCGCCGGCCAUCAAAGGCCUCGAAGCGGCCCGCAACUACACCCGUCGGUCCCGCCCUGCGAGGUCCUCUACUUCUCGACGGGUACCGGUCGUGAUUUCCACCACGGCGCCGCCGAUGCGAGCCACUCGUGGACGCUGGAGCUGCCGCCAGCGAACGCUCGUGAUGGCGGUUUCAUUCUGCCCCCUGCGCAGAUCUGGCCUACUGUCAAAGAGCAGUGGGCUGGGCAGCUCUACCUGCUGAACGAGGUCCGCAAGGACUGA